UGUGGGGUAUGUUUGGCUCCGCGAUCGAGUGUGUGUGUGCGUGUCAGCAGGCAGACAGCACAUCUUUAACACCGUAAGCAAAGUGUUGUGUACGGCAGACGAACAACCAACUUCUGCUUUAGGGGAAUAAAUUUAGUUGGCCUAUUUUUUUUCCCCCAUUCGUUAGUUGUAUAAAAUAAAAUUAAAACCUAACAGAGGAGACUGUUCACAUUGAGUGUGGUCCAGGCCGGCCGCUGUGAUCGCCCUCGCUGGUGUGUCGUCCAGGAUCUUAGCAGACGACAUAAAGGGAAUGUAAAUGAAAACAAUUGUUCAUUAUCGUUCACAGUCGUCACAAAACUGUUAUCGGAAUAUUUUAGCGACUGAGGAAAGACGUGGUUAGCACUGUACAUACCAGUGUUGGAAGAAUUCUUUCAAAGUUUCCUGCGUCUAAAAAAUUGUUGUGGUUUCUUGUGGAGCAAGUUAAUUUAUUAUCAAGUUGAAUCAAGCUCAUCUUAACUUGUAACCAAUGUGUAACAGUCUGAGAGGUUCAAAAAGAUCAUGACAAGACAUCGCAUACUCUAGUCAGUGCAUAGAUCUACCCACAGUACACUAAAUGGAUUUGCAACUAUAAUCUUCAGUUGUCGACAGUCAUAAACAUUGUCACAGAAGUUAACCCCUCUUGUGUCUACGUAUUACAAAGGAUAGCUUGCAUUGAUUGGUUGAUUGAACACUAAAACAACUGGUCACUGGACGUUGUAUGAACAUUUUCACAAAACUUCAUUGAUUCAACGAUUUAGAGACUGGGGGUCAUUGCCACUAUCGGGGCGGGUCAUUCCGCUUUAGUCUCAGCAUCAUUCAGUGCACGUGCUGUGAUUGACCUCUCUAACAAACUGGACUUCUUGACCACGUUACCUCCACAACCAUACUUAAUCAGCCCGUGGAUGACCAGGUCAGCAUCGGCUGACCAUGUAUUUUUGUCCGUGCUCUUGCAACGACCCUGUUGACCCGGACGUGGACGAUAUCGCACUGGUCACUCUGCCCAGAAACUUAUCUUACGUUCAGGAUAGCUACCUGGACAGGUAUAGCGUAAGCGCGCGCUACGUCCACAACCCGAAGGCGGAGAGAAGGCUUCAGUACGAGCUCAACCAGGCCAAUAUCAACGUCGGCUCCACUGAGGAAGAUGAGACCAUUGGACUUCUCUCUGUCAUAAAAGCACAGGACUACCCGGUCAAUUGCAGCGGGAAUAACGUUGAACCUUUCAAGAACACUUUAUCCCCUACUGAACAGUUGUACUCCCAGCCAGACUCGCCGACGUAUCACGGCGCUUUCUCCAUUUACGCUUCCGGUUUCUCCAAAGCGUCGCCAGAACGAUUGACGCCAACAUCGUAUCCCAGUGUUCCCAGCGCGGUGUGCUCCACUCUACUGGGUCCCGCCGUCCGAGUCACCUCUAAGCUUACAUCUCUCUUGCACACGCCGCCCAAUGAAUCGAUGGACUCUGCUCGAGAUAUAGGUAGUAGCGUCGAUGGUGAUUUCAGUCUACUGAUAGGAACUUGCUGCAAAGGAGAUUCUACUACUCCACUGAAUUGCCCGGACACUCUGGGACAAGACAUGGACAGGGGUGUGGGUGAAACCAACACUUCUGACUCCAAUUCCGCGUUGAGUAAGGAACAUUCUUUUGAAGCCAUGAACCACAAAGACUCUGAGCCCGAGACGGAGCCACUUGUUGUUUUCAACAACACUUCGGAUGAGGAGAACGAAGAGAAAGUCCAACUUGACCACAUUGUGUCACUGGCCGUUAGCGAUGCCAUACAUGACGAUCAGGAGGAUUAUCUUAACCCUUAUGGCGUCGGUGCUAAAACGCACUACCCAUCGCGAUCAUCUUCGCGCACAUCUCAUGAGGUAUCGGAAAAAACUGAUGAGCUUAAAGAAGAGCAAGACGGGCCUAGUAUACCAUUCGGGUCUCCAGACUCCGACGGGUUUAGCGAGGAAGGUGUUUUCCUUAACAUGGACGAUCUGGACAACACAGAGAAAUCCACAACCGUAAGUGAGGUCAGUGACGAUACGUGCGUGUCUGUGGACUCGGUCAUCUUAAGCCCUGACGAGGCGGAUCUGGAGGAGGAGGUGGUGUCCAGCGCGCCGAGGAAGAUGACCCUGGAGGAAGCCAUAAACCGCGCGGCAUCGGACCUUAGCAAAAUGACCGCCGAUCUCUACGGCGAGAGUUCUAGUGACGCCAAAAACUGCAAAGAGUCUCAGAACAGCGACUCGGAUGACGAGGAGCCCCACCAACAUUCUAAACUGGCUAGAGCUGGCAGAGAGUCCCCUAUCAGACACUCAUCGGGCUUGAAGAUACAUAUUAAUGACCUGUCUGCUGGACUCAAAGAUACCACAUUAACGGAUUCAAAGUGUGAUCUUAAUGACAGCCCGGUAUACGAAGAGAAUGAAUUCAAUUUUAACAGGGUGGCAUUGCGGAAAUCUUCUUCUCUCAAAACGAACAAAACGCCACCCGGAACACCACACCGGAAGAAGGUUGUAAGGUUUGCUGACGCCAUGGGGCUAGACCUGGAGUCAGUGCGUCACGUUCUUAACAUGGAGUCACCCCCUAGGAUCCCUUCGUCAGCUUUGGCCGAUCUGAAAGCGGGUCUUAGUGAGGAGCGCAAGGAGCUGGGUUCUAAGUAUCUCUGUGCGUGCUUUAAUCAGCCCGGCGCCUCGGAUAACUUUGUCCAGAAGGUUAUUAGUCAGAAAGUAUGCUUGGAGAACGCCAUCAUUACUGACCUGACCAUAACCGGUGUCGUGCGCGUGUCCAACAUCUCCUUCCACAAGAGUGUGAGGGUCCGCUACACUCACAACUCGUGGGCCACCUUCCACGACAUAGCGGCCAGUUACGUCCAGAACUCAUGUGACGGCCCCACUGACCGCUUCUCUUUCAGCAUCGUGGCGCCGCCGUACUUUGGGCCUGGGUCGCAGCUGGAGUUCGCUGUCUCUUACAACGCUGGCGGGGUAGAGUACUGGGACAACAACGAGGGAAAGAAUUACGUCUUUGAGUGUUUCGCCAAGACUAUCCCGACAGACAACGAGGUUGUCUGGUUGCACUUCUUGUAAGAGACAUCUUCAGCGAUGUUUCUUGUCCUUGACCUACUCUGACAGUGUAUGAUGUUUUAACCACUCCCGUUUCACGGAGAAGUGGCUUGUCGUUAUCCUACGACAUUGGAAUGUUGGUGAAACGUGGAGACCGAACGCUAUUUGUAGGAUUUCUAAAACAAACAAAAAAUCCAUUAUUUGCAUUGUUGUGAUAUUAUACUAGUAAAAACAAAAACAUUUAUAAAAAAAAAAUUGCACAUUCUUUAUCCAGUUCUAAGUAAGCCGUGUAGAUAGCGUGUAUAGAGAACUAGAUUUCAUUGUGUAGAUUUAGAGUGUUUUUCAGAAUGCCAAACAAAGGUCACGUGAUCAUGUUAUUCCUUAUACAUUUUCUUUCACCACUGUCUGGUCUUGCCAUUCAAACUGGGACAACCACCUAGCUGUACAUGGGCCAACCACCUAGCUGUACAUGGGCCAACCACCUAGCUGUACAUGGUCGAUAUCAUUUCAUAAAUGAUGCCUCAUCCACAUAUUUUAUUGACCAACCGUCAACCGGUUGGUUACACUGCCCCAAGCCACUUGUUCAAUUAUUUCCAGAGAACUGCUGCACUGGGCGGCAUAUUUCAACUGAUUUUUUGUAGAGAAUAUUUUAUACAAAGUUACGUAGAUAUAUAAUACAUUCUAAAACUGUGAUUGGCUUGUUUUUUUUAACAAAUUUUCUUUACGAUUGUCUGUGUAUGGUACAGAGCAGUUGGUUAUGAAUUGUGUACUAAUCAUUACUGUGAAUGCAUUGAUGAGAGUCGAAUCACAUUUAUUGUCACAUUUUCACUUGCAAUCAUUUCAUUGAUCAUGUCACUAUGAACUGGCCCUUGAUUGUAAAAGCUCGUGCCUAUGUGAUGAGCUUCCGGUUCUGAAACCACCAUUUUCAAAACUAGUAUUAAAUUGUUUUGUUGUGAUUGUUGUGUAGAUAUUUACCCCCUGACCUCCUAGACGUUUAGAAUGUAGAUAAAUUAUUAUGUUCAAAUCAUUGUUCAGUUUGUCGUACGAAUUACCAAAAAAAAAAACCCAUUUCAUCUGUGAUUUAGCGUGGCCAGAUUUUUAUUCCUGUUUUGAAAGUGUGUGUUUUGUUUUUCUCGCUUUUUUAUAUUUAUUUAUUUUUCUUCUUUUUUUAAAAAAAAAUUGUCUUCGUUGUUCAUUGCUAUAUAUAUAUAUAUACAUUACUUUAUGUUAUUGCCUCUAAUUGAAAUAAAGAUACUCUACAGAGGAAACUAGACAGACUCGC